CAAGAAUGUUUUGAUGUUCAAAGUGAAAUUGACAAAAAAUCAGAUUUUGUAAAAAAAUAUAAUUUUUGUUUGUUUAUUCAGUUUAAUUUAUAAAUAAAAGUGAAGAAAUUAAAAAUGUCGAGUCUUAAAGUUGCUGUGCGAUGCAGACCAUUUAAUAACAGGGAAAAUGAACUCGGCGCGAAUCUUAUCGUUGAAAUGGACGGGAAGAAAACGAGACUUUUAAAACCUUCAAAGCAAUCAAUUCGAGAGCACUUCCAUGAUUUUACUUUUGAUUAUUCUUAUUGGUCAUUAGACGACAAAGAUGACCAUUUCACGAGUCAAGAACAAGUGUUUUGUGAUCUUGGAACAGAUGUCGUUGAUUGUGCUUUCGAAGGCUACAACGCUUGUGUGUUCGCUUAUGGUCAAACGGGAUCUGGGAAAACAUUCACAAUGAUGGGAGAAGCACACGACAGAGAUAAAGAAGGCCUUGUCCCUCGCAUCUGUAAAUCACUCUUCAGCAGAAUGAAGGUUGGUCAAGAAGAAGGAACUGGAUAUAAAACUCAAGUCAGUUAUCUCGAGAUUUACAACGAACGUGUCCGAGACUUGCUGGGAGCAAAAAAUGUCGGACAUGCUCUUCGAGUGCGAGAACAUAGACUCCAUGGGCCUUAUGUUGAGAAUCUCUCACAGCAUUCCGUAUGUGAUUUUGAUGAAAUCCACAAUUGCAUGUUGAGAGGAAAUCAGGAAAGAACAACAGCGUCGACAAACAUGAACGAUACAUCGUCACGUUCACAUGCAAUAUUCACAAUAACAUUUGUUCAAGCUGGAUUCUGCAACAACAUGCCGAGUGAGACCGUUUCGAAAAUUCAUCUUGUGGAUUUGGCUGGAUCGGAACGAGCCAACGCAACAGGAGCGACUGGACAGCGAUUGAAAGAAGGCGCACACAUAAAUAAAUCACUUGUGACGCUUGGAAGCGUUAUCAGUUCUUUAGCAGAAAUGGCGAAUCCAGCUGGAAGCAAAAAAUUUUAUAUUCCUUACAGAGACUCGACACUUACAUGGUUGCUUAAAGAUAGUUUAGGUGGAAAUUCAAAGACAAUUAUGAUAGCUGCAAUAUCACCAGCUGAUGUCAAUUACAGCGAGACUUUGUCAACACUUCGCUAUGCAAAUCGAGCCAAGAACAUCAUCAAUAAACCAACAAUAAAUGAAGAUCCAAAUGUUAAACUAAUUCGCGAACUUCGUGAAGAAAUUUCAGCACUUCAAGCGAUGUUAGCAACUGGAAAUGUCACUCUAACUGAACCACAGUUAAAAGUGUUGGAAAAUCUUCAAAAGAAAGAAGCUCAAGAGAAAGUUUUGAUUGAAGAAUGGUCGGAGAAAUGGCGAGAAGUGCAAUCAAUUCUAAGGGAAGAGAAAUCACUUGGAUUGAAAAAAUCUGGCAUUGGCAUAACUUUAGAUUCGGAGAAAGCGCAUUUGAUUGGAAUCAAUGAUGAAGCGACUGGUGUUACGUUAUUUACACUUAAAGAAGGGGAAACUUUAAUCGGAACAAAAGACGCCAGUCGUAAGCAAGAUAUUGUAGUGACAGGCGAAGCUAUUUGUGACGAGCAUUGUCGGAUAGUUGUUGAAAAUGGAUCAGCAACAAUUCAUCCAGUUGGAAAUUCAAAAAGUUGGCUAAAUGCUAACUUAAUUUCAGGGCCAACUCCAAUAACUCAAGGAGAUAUUUUACUACUUGGCAGUACCAACAUGUUUCGUUAUAACAAUCCUGAUGAAGCAGCUGAAUUACGUAAAUCAUCGACACGCUCAUCUAGAAUGGAUUUCUCGAGAUUGUCUUUGUUAGCAGCAUCAAAGGAAAAUCUUUGCAACAUUUUAGUAACGGAUGACGAUGGUUUAACAAACUCCAACAAUAACUCUUCUCCUUACAAAGCUCGCUUUAAAAAGCAAUUUUUAAUGAAUGAACAAUUUUUACGUGAUAAUCAAGAAAUCCAAGACGAGCAUAAAAAGAUUCUUGAAACGAUAGAAAGUGCACUUAAGCAACUUAAUCUCGAACGAGUGAAAAUGCAUGAACACUUUUCUAAUAAAGUCAAACGUUGUUCAUCAGAAGUAGCAAAGAAUCAUCCCGAUAAACUAGUUGCUAUUGACUUUAGAAUCGAAGAGACGCUUGCGAAGCAAGAGAUGGUGUUGUGGGAGAAGAACAAUGAAAAGACUCAAGUUGAGAUUUUGAUGCGUCAGAUAAAUGCCCUGUUGACACAACUCGAUGCAAAGAAGCGUGAACAUUACGAAUUUGUUGCAAAAGAGUUGCAAGAACUACAAGAUUGUGGCAAAUUGAAUGAGGAACAAACUGAAAUUCUUCAAAAUGCUCCGGUGCAAGAAGAUUACUCAGAAAUACUUUUGGGAGUCGCUGAAACGCUCAACAAUUAUUCAAGUCAAUAUCUGAAGGAAAAUAUCAAGAAGAACCGAGAAGAAAUUACGAGAUAUGAAAACGAGUUGUUUGCUAAAGAUAAUCUGCUAGCAGAAUGUCACAAAAAGAUUGAAGAAAUGGAUCAGAAGUUGAAAGAUUUAGAGGCUGAGAAUCGAACGCUGUUAACUCAGAAGAGUCAAGAAGAACUUGAAAAGAUUCAAAUGAAAAAACAGUCAAUGACAUUAAGCUUGAGAAAUACGACAAUGACAAAUGACGUUCAGACAGACACAAAAGGAUUGACGUCUGAUGGUUCGAGAACAACUGAAACUGAAACAUGUGACACUUUUCAUACCGCAAACUCUGAUUGUUCAUUUGCAUCCGCACUUCCAUCUCCAUUUCCUCCAAAGGGAAAUUUUAAUCAAAAAGCGAGUGAAGAAACUGAAGCAACGACAUCAAGUGAAAUUUGUAACCAUCAGGGAAAAGCGAUAAUGAGCGACAGUGGUGUAUGCUUAGAUACAAAAAUUAAUGAAGCAACAGCAGCAAUAGCAACAUCAACAAUCACCACAAAACAAAACUUCGAUAGAGAAGAUUUAUCAUCAAUCUACAUUAAACAUCUUCAAUCACAAAUGGAAAAACUUCAAGUAGAAAUUAUUGCAAAAAAAGCUCAAAUCAUGAAGAUUCUUGAAACAGGCGGUGAGAAGUCAUCGCUUAAUGAUUUAAUUAAUGAGUUGCAAGAACUUCAAAAGGAUUAUGUGAAGAAAGAAAUGCGACUGGAGAAUUCGAAUGAUGGUUGCACAUCCGAUGAUGAAAUAUCAUCAGAACUACGUGGUGUAGCUGGAAGUACAACUGAUAGCGAUGAAUUGCCAAGACGCAAUCCACUCACGAUGUCAACGAUGUCAACCAGAAAUAAUAGCCUUACAGCAAGUUUAUUUGCCCAUAACAUCAUGACAAGGUCAUUGCCCAGCAUCGAGGGAUCAUUUCAAUCUCAGCAACAACCGGAACAUUCAAUUAACAUCCCGAGUUACAUUAUGCGUGGUGCUGGAAAGCAAACGCAUGUUGAAUAUGAAAUAAGAAUUUUCCUUCCUGAUGAUCGAUGGCUUUUGCUUCGACGAUUCAGUCGCUUUCGUGAGCUUCAUCUUAGUAUGAAAGGGCUCUAUGGUGACAAGAUUGGAAAGAUUUCCUUCCCAAAGCGACAAUUGUUUGCAUCAAACAGUGAAAGUGUCGCAAAAUCACGUCGACGUCAACUGGAAACUUAUCUUCGAAGAUUAAUUGUCGCUUGCUCAAGAAUUCCUUCAAGUCCAAUCUACGAUGGUGAUGGUGGACAAGGACUUACAAAGAAGUCUCUCAUCGAGUUCUCGAGCUUCUUUAAGAAAGGUUUGUUUGAAAGUGGAAAGCAUGGAACGGGUUAGAAUAACGAAUAAGUGAGAAGAAAACUUAUUUAUGGGAAAAGCUAAAAGAAAAUAAUUAUGGGAAAAAUUGCUUUUAUGAACUUUUUAAUUUCGCUGUUGAAUAAGAAGAAAAAAUAUCGUUUAAUGUCUUGUUGAAUCCCUUUGUUGAAGAUGGUAAUAUACUUGAGAAGGAAAGUAAGAAGAACAGAAAACUUAAUUUAUUCUAAAUAUUCUGACUUUUUAAUCUUUUUUCCCGCCCUUAAUUUUAGAGCUGAGAUCUAAUUUUUGUUUUGCGAAAAUUCUUAGACAUUCAUUGAAAAUAAUUUUUAACUUCUUGAACGCUUUUUUUUAAGAAAAUAAUUUUUCCACAUUGUAAUCAGAUUAUUAUAUUUUCACAUUAUAAAUUUGCAACUUCUUUUAUAUUUUUUCUUAAAAGAAAUAUUUGCGCGGGAGUGAUAAGCGAAAGAUGGAUAAAAAUAACUGUGAUUUCAAUAAGAUAAAGAAAAAAACUGAAGAUGGAAAUUGAAAAUCAAUUUUUGAUCGAAUUUCAUUUCGAUAAAUGCGAGAAAGAAAAAAUAAAAGACUUUUCAAAAGAUUUGAACAGAUGAUGAUUAUGACGAUUAUUGUUGUGCAAUGAAUAAAUAGAAGAAAGAUGAAAAUUUAAAUAAAUAUUUUAAAUAUGCAAUCGAAACAUUUUAGCAAUUUGAGAUGCUGUUAUGAAAGUAAAUAAAUAAAUAAGUUAAUGCCGUCUAUCUUCCAUUCACAACAAUUUAAUCAUCGAUCUGAAAUUGAUAACAAAAUCCAAAUGCAAUUCAUUCAAAAUUUGAUAAAAAACUAAAAAUGUGGAACAGAUAAAAUUAAAACUAAAAACUUUCAUUAAAUCCAUUUUUGUGCCUCUUAAGAAUAUUUAAAGAAAAUUAAAACUUUUUAUUUGAAUAUGUGUCGGUAUUUAAGUUUUUGUAAAAUAAAUAAAUUGUGCAAUGAUUAUCGUGUUUUUAAGAUAAAACUUUCAAAGUAAAAUAUUUUUUCCCCCGGAUAUAUGAAAUUGUCUUCUUAUUUUCAUUUUGAAACAUAAACUUUGAAAGUUAAAUUACUUUCCUAGGACGACAUUUGUCAAUUAGGAAUCCAAAGAGAAAAGUUAUAUAAAAUAGAGAUAAAAGCGAACAAAUACAGUUCGAUGCAAUUCGGACAAACAUUGUUAUAGUUUAUGGUUUCCUUAGCCACUAGAAUCUCAAAUAUGUAUACAAAACGAGUUUAUUUGUUAGAAAAUGUAUGAAAGAGAAUUGAAACAUGACGAAAAUUUCUCUUUAUCAACAGUGAUGAAAGUCGAAUCAUCAUUGUAGAAACAUUUGUACCUCCUAGACUAAUAAAUUUAUUCAUCAACCUCCUAUAGUUUCUCAUAACUUUUAUCAUAAUUGCCAGUAUAGAAAUAUAAGAUAAAUCAACACAGAAUUAUUUAGUUAAAUUAUAUUUACUAGAUGUCAAACUUUAUUAUGCAACUCGAUGAUAAUUUAAUGAUUAUGAAGCAUCUAUCUAGAUCUUUGGCAGAUUAACAAAUUUCAUGUAAACAAUCACAGAAAGACAAAAAGGAAAAUUUGAUCUGAAUUUUUAUUUCUUUUAUAUUUAAGCAUAAACUUAACUUAGUAAAUACAGAAUAUUUGCCCUUGACAACAGUUGAUAAUAAAAUGACACUUAUGUUUAAUGUUUAAGAGAUGGAAGGGAAAGAAAUGUUUUUUAUGUUUUAUUUCCGCGAAACGAUUCCUCCAAGACAAUAACAAUAAACACUUGAAAGAGAAUUUACAUGUUAAAAGUAUUAUCUAUCUACAGAAAUAUUCGAAAAGAAAGAAAAGAAAAUAAAGCAGCACUUAGGAAAACAAUGGAAAAUCUGUAAGCAUCCUUAACUGAAACAGGAAAAUCGAGAAAUACUUAACUAAUAAAGAAAACUCAAACGAAAUCCAACGAAGCAUUUGUUUUCAUUGCAAUUACCAUUUCCAACAUUGAAAUUUUCGCAGAGAAAUAUUUUAUUUA